AUGCCGCCCUCGAUAUGCGCCGUAUGUAAGACCAACCGCGCCCUCAUCCUCCGCCCGAAAGACCACUCCAAGCUCUGCAAACCCUGCUUCAUCAACGUCUUCGAAGCCGAGAUCCACCAUACCAUCAUCUCCACGAACCUGUUCCAGCGCGGGGAGCGCAUCGCAAUCGGCGCGUCCGGAGGCAAAGACUCGACCGUGCUCGCCUCGGUUCUGAAGACUCUCAACGAGCGCUACGACUACGGUCUCGACCUCAUACUGCUGUCCAUCGAUGAGGGCAUCAAAGGGUACCGGGACGACAGCUUGGAAACGGUGAAGAGGAAUGCACAGCAGUACGACAUGUCUCUGACGAUCCUGGGGUAUGCAGAGCUGUACGGAUGGACUAUGGAUCAAGUCGUUGAGCAAGUGGGGAAGAAGGGGAACUGCACAUACUGCGGUGUCUUCCGCAGACAAGCCCUCGAUCGAGGCGCGUCGAGGCUGGGAGUCAAGCACGUGGUGACGGGCCAUAAUGCGGAUGACGUCGCUGAGACGGUACUCAUGAACCUACUCCGAGGCGACCUCCCCCGCCUCUCGCGCACAACCUCCAUCGUAACCUCCACCCCUUCCCUAACCCCUUCUUCCGGCCCCGUCGCAGACAACACCAACAUCAAGCGCUCCAAACCCCUCAAGUACGCCUACGAAAAGGAAAUCGUGCUCUACGCGUACCACAAGCGACUCGACUACUUCAGCACCGAGUGCAUAUACAGUCCCGAAGCCUUCCGCGGCAGCGCGCGCGCCUUGAUCAAGAACCUGGAGCGGGUGCGACCGAGCGCGAUUCUAGAUGUAGUCAGGAGUGGCGAGGACAUGGCGCGCCUAGUCCCCGGCAGCGACGAAGGCUGUGGAGGGGCGUGCGGCUCUGGUGCUGCUGUGCCAGCCGAGGAAGAGGAGGGUGGCUGUGGGAGUGCAGUAGGCAAGAGCAUGGCGAGCGUGGAAUCGCAACUCGCUGCCAACGAGCGCGCCGCGGAGCACAACCUCGAAACCGAAAUCCUAUCGAAGCCUGCGAAGCCUACACCACCCCCAUCCGCAACCUCAACGAAAGGGCAAAAGAAACCCCGCGCCGAGCGCACCGGUGGACCCAAGAAGAAAGGGCCAACUAAGCAGGUAAUGGGCCAGUGCAAGAAGUGCGGAUACCUGUCGAGCCAGGAGGUGUGCAAAGCUUGUGUGCUACUUGAGGGUUUGAACAAGAACAGGCCGAAGAACAAGAUCGAAGUCGGGUAUGAGGUGCAAGACGUCAGUUUGAACAGCGUGAGGGACGAGCUCGAGGCUGCUACGUUGGCCGCGGAGGGCUGA